UCUUCUACCCAGCUUCGACUGAGAGAGAGAGAGGUAAGCUUCGCGAUGAUUGAAUCAGUCAUGGCCGCUCGCUUCCUCCCUGGAUUCUGCUCUUCGCAUACGCUGCUUCAGUAUCGUCCUGUUCCGAGCGUGGAGGAGGGAGGGAGCUGCUUCCAUGUUUCGUCUCGCCGCAUUUCUCACUCUCACCGUGUCAACAACGUCGGGAGCGGGUUUCUGAAGUAUAGCAGUGACUAUUUCCCGAGAAAACAUCUGAGGAAGAAUAGGACCCAAGCCACAGCAGAGCAUUUAGAUUCAGCUUCAGAACCGAAAAAGCAAAACGGGAGAUCAAGCUACCAUCCUUCUGAGGAUAUUAGAGCAUCCACAUCACAUAAUAACAAAGAGGCUAGGCUUUCGCCUGCCGAAACCACUAGAACCAUCAUCGAGGUGAACAAGAAAGGAACCCUGAUGCUAUCAGGUGUAAUUGGUGAUGGAGUUCAUGAGAAUAUUCUAUGUCCGGAUAUACCUUACAUAACAGAUCAACAUGGAUGUAUAUACUUUCAAGUGAAGGAUGACGAGGACAUUCUGCAGAGUAUUAGUUCUGAUAAUUAUGUGCAAGUAAUUGUGGGUUUUGAUACAAUGGAGAUGAUCAAGGAGAUGGAGUUGAUGGAUCCUUCUGACAUUGAUUUUGGAAUCGAAGAAAUUGAAGAUGAAGAAAGUGAAUCAGAAGAUGAAGAUGGAGAGGGAGAGGAUGAAGGAAAUGAAGAGGAUUGGGUUGUUGUUCUUGAAGAUGACGAAGACGGAGAUGAUGAUGAUGACGAUGAUGAUGAUGACGACGAUGACGAUGACGAUGAUGAUUCUGAUGAAUCGCUUGGAGACUGGGCAAAGUUGGAAACGAUGCGGGCUUGUCAUCCAAUGUAUUUUGCCAGGAGGAUGACCGAGGUAGCUUCAGAUGAUCCCGUCGAUUGGAUGGAGCAACCAUCUGCUGGUCUUGCUAUUCAAGGGCUCUUGAGAUGUGUCGUUGUGGAAGAUUAUCCAGAUAUCCAAAAGCAUAUUACCCUUUCCGAAUCUUCAAGCAUUGACGAAAACAAACUUGCAGAAAACAUGGAAGAGAAGCUUGAAGAAGUGGGUACAAUGAAUGGCGAUGAACCUGAAAUAGAUGCAUCUGGUGAUAAAUCAAGUAAUGGUGUAUCCUAUUACAAGCUGGAGAUGACAAGAAUUCAGCUCAUUACGGCACAAGGAGACCAGACUGAUGUUGACGUGGAAGACGUUAGGAAAGCAAAACCGGAUGCUAUUGCUCAUGCAUCUGCGGAAAUCAUAAGACGCCUGGAAGAAGGUGGCGAGACUCUAAUUCAAGCCCUCAAAUCUCUAUGUUGGAGGCAUAAUGGUAUUCAAGCAGAGGAAGUAAAGCUUAUUGGGAUAGAUUCCCUUGGUUUUGACCUCAGGGUUUGUUCAGGAACACAAAUUGACACGUUGCGGUAUUCAUUCUCUGUAAGGGCGAUAACAGAACAAAGUGCGGAGAGACAACUUAAGGAGCUGCUGUUCCCAACAGUCCUUCCUAAGCUUCAGAAACCAAACCGGACGCAUCAGAAGGAGUGCUGAUGCACAUUUUUAACCGACAAAAGCUAAAAAAAAUACAGAACUCAGAUAUGGGUCCGGUCCCAUGACUCAAAUCCAAUCUCCAUCUUGGGAUCAUGAAAUGAAGCAACAGAUGCGAACUGAAAUCAACCGUUGAGAUUUAUAUGGAGCUCCCGACGGGGUAAUGGCUGAUUGGGCGACUGUCUUGGGAAAACAGGUUGCUGGGUUCCUGGAUAUGUGUUCAGUCUCUUGUCUUUGAUGUUUCAGUGUUAUUUAAGCACUUGUGUUCUGUUCAAGUUUCUGGGUUCAAUACUGGAAUGCGCAUUGAAGUUUCCAAGCCAUUUUCAAAGUGUGUAUCUUUUUGAAGCAAAAAGAUCUAUUAGGAGACAA